GGCACUGCUUUUCAAACAUUUGUCUGCUUUUAGUUUCUAACACAGACACCUGCACACUCUCUCUUCUCUCUCUCUCUGCCUUUACCAACAAAUCCUAACCUUUUCUAAAUAAAAAUACUAAAAUUGACAAAAACAAGCGGUUGGUUUUUUCAGGGAAGAGAUUAACUGAUUGAGAUCAGAACUAAAGAAAUCACAUUGAGGAAUCAAAGAUGGGUUCUGGUGCUGGAAGCUUCCUCAAGGUUAUUCUCAAAAACUUUGAUGUUCUCGCUGGGCCUGUGGUUAGCCUUGUUUAUCCUUUAUAUGCCUCAGUGAGGGCAAUUGAAACGAAAUCACCUAUAGAUGAUCAGCAAUGGCUUACUUAUUGGGUUCUGUACUCCAUGAUCACGCUCUUUGAGCUCACCUUUGCCAAACUUCUUGAAUGGAUUCCUAUCUGGCCAUAUGCAAAGCUGAUUUUGACGUGCUGGUUGGUCAUCCCAUACUUCAGUGGUGCUGCAUAUGUUUACGAUCAUUACGUGAGACCUUUAUUUGUCAACCAGCAGACUGUUAACAUCUGGUAUGUUCCAAAGAAGAAGGAUGUCUUCAGUAAGCCAGAUGACAUUCUAUCUGCUGCAGAGAAAUAUAUUGCUCAAAAUGGAACAGAUGAUUUUAAGAAGAUUAUUAACAAGGCUGACAAAUCAAGGAGUAGUGAAGGUUACUCGAACAUUUUUGAGGACGAUAGGUAUUGAGCCUUGUAUCUCUCAUUAUGUUUCUGCCACGUGCUUUGUUGUGGAGAGAAGAUGUUGGCUGUUAUUAGAGGUUUUUUGUGGGUAGUUAAUAUUCGGUUUUUCUGUUUGUUGUUUGAAACAAUCUUUGGUUGUAAAAUGUACUGGAUGUUCUUAGUUUACUACAUGUAAUUACUAAUUAGAAAAGGUUGUGUUGCUUUUCUUUGUUUCCAUGCA